GUUUCGGAUUGAAAGAGUUGUGUUUGGAGCAGGGACAUGCAGGCCCAAAGGGAGCUUGUGGCAGUGUCUCCCCCCCCCCCCCAAAAAAAGGGGUCCAGGUCGGUCCUGCUGUUGCCCUCCGCGUUUGUGUCACCCUUCCAAGUCCAUCCUUAUCACCUCCAGUGUUUGCAUUGCGCUCCGGCCGUACACCGCCUGCAGCGUCCCGCUGUGAGCACGGAUCCGCCCUGUGAGCUCCCUGGGACGGCCUGUCUUUUAAACCUGAGCCGCGGUGUCGAGAUCCCUGCGUGAGACGGACCCAUUUAAGCGCAUACCUCGACGCGGGGCUGCUGACGGGAAAAUAAACACCCCGGCCUGCUUGUGCGAGCGGAGGCCCCCUGCUGUGACAACCUCCUGCGUUUCGUAUUAUGUUACACUCCUCCACCCAAUCACAGCGCUCCCCCAAAUCCUCCUGCCUGCUCCUAUAAGAGCCCCGAUCGUCCCAGUCUGGCAGCCACCUCUCUCUCUCUCCGUGGCGCACGAGAUUUACCGUAAUACCAGCCCACACCCCACUGCAGGCCACACUCCCCAUACCUGCCCUGUUUGUUGAUGUUGUAACCAGUUCAGGGGAUUCGGGUCAGGGGUUAUAGCGGUGCUCCAGACCACAGAACAGUUUUGGGGAGAGACGAUGCGGGAAGAGGACUCCACCACAAUGGACAGCGCGGGGAACAGCGAGGAGGAGACCGACCGUCAGCUGCCGCGCAGAGGAGGCAGGAGGCGGCGGGCGGCACGGAGGAGCGCGGACGCGGAGGAUGAGGAGGGAGACGAGGAGAGUCCGAGCCCGGGGAAGAAGAAAUGCAGAAAGAGCAGCGACGGUGGAGGCGACAGCGCCGGGAGCGGCGGCAGUGAGGCCAGCAGCAGCCCCGCGCGCUCCUUCGAAGACCUGCAUACGCAGCGCGUGAUGGCCAACGUCCGCGAGCGGCAGCGGACACAGUCUCUCAACGAGGCAUUCACGUCGUUGCGAAAGAUCAUCCCGACCCUCCCCUCGGACAAACUCAGCAAGAUCCAGACGCUGAAGCUGGCGGCCCGGUACAUCGACUUCCUGUGCCAAGUUCUGCAGAGCGACGAGCUGGACGCGCGAGGAACCAGCUGCAGCUACGUGGCGCACGAGCGCCUGAGCUACGCGUUCUCGGUCUGGAGGAUGGGGGACGCGUGUUCUCUGUCUACUACGUCCCACUAGCAGGGCUGCUGUGGAUGGGACAGCGCGAUUGAGGAACCAGUGGAUCAGACCAACCCUUCAGAUAGACUGAAACAGGCCAAUCAGAGCGGAGGCCAUGCAGGCACAGCCGCUGUGCGUCAGGCCUGAGAGGGGCGCGGGCUUUUCAUCUUUCCCUUUGCACGGACUGUGCGGUUUGCAAAGGAGCACUUAGGACAGACAGGACGGACAUGAAGAAAAAGAGAGACCACUGCGACUAUGAAUGUUGAAAAAACGAAAGGAGCUCCGAGGAACUGCUCUGCUUUGACACGAGUGGGGAAAAAGACAAUUCAUAUCAUAUUCUUUGUGAAACAGCAGAUGAAGUAUUUUGUAUUUAUUUUUUAUACAGGUGCAACAUUCCUCUCCCCUCUUCUCAAAUAAAAGUUAUUUAUUUUUUGGGUAAUCACAGAAUGCUGAACGGAUCUGGAGUCUGCGCAUUUGGAGUGCUGUAAAUAUUUGGUAGUACCUUAAAUAAAAUAAAAAUAUGAAGGUAUCUUUCA